AUGGAACCCAUGGAUAUCGUUGGCAAAUCAAAGGAAGACGCUUCGCUUCCUAAAGCGACAAUGACAAAGAUAAUUAAAGAGAUGUUACCUCCAGAUGUACGAGUUGCAAGAGACGCCCAAGAUUUAUUGAUUGAGUGUUGUGUAGAGUUUAUAAAUCUCAUCUCAUCAGAGUCAAAUGAAGUCUGUAGUAGAGAGGACAAACGGACUAUUGCACCUGAGCACGUAUUGAAGGCUCUACAGGUGCUUGGAUUUAGCGAGUACGUAGAAGAAGUAUAUGCAGCAUAUGAACAACACAAAUUGGAGACCAUGCAGGAUUCCUUAAAAGGUGGUAAAUGGAGCAAUGGAGCUGAGAUGACUGAGGAAGAAGCAUUAGCAGAACAACAAAGGAUGUUUGCAGAGGCACGUGCUAGGAUGAAUGGUGGGGUCAUUGCUUCUAAGCAGCCUGACAAAGUUUAG